CGAAAGUUUUACCUGGAUUUAGCGUCAAAAACACAACAACAAAAUAUACCAGACUUCACAUGUAGCUGUGGCUAGUAUAAACAUCAUUCUGUGGAUAAAAUCUACAUAUUAUUCUAUCGAUCGGUGGUGUGUAGCGCUAUGCUUGUGUAGUGUAUAUAGCUGCUACAGGGAACAAUGGCGGACGAGGAUUUUUCUACUAAAACAAGCUAUUUAGACCGUUUUAGAAGCGCACAACAUAUUCGAGUGAACUGGAAUGGAAUUUUGAGUACGGAUGUGGACCGAUUUGUGAGUGGACAUGCCGCUAUUUUGAGUUGUGCUAAGGAGUUAUUGCUAUGUCCACUAUUGUCUGCGGUGGCUAGUUGUAUGGGUCCCAACACUGUCAUUGAUGUCAAUUCACACUGGCAGGAAAUCCCUGUUCUAUGGACAGUCGUGGCUGCAAGGCGUGGCGAGAGAAAAACGACGGUCUUCAGAAAAGUGAAAAACGAAAACUCAAAACUUGAACAAGAGAUUGGGGCUUUGAACAGUGUUAAUAGCGACCAAUCUGUCCCUAGGCUGAUUAUUGAUGAACAGAAUAUUAAAAGACUGCUUCAGUCAGAUGAGGACAUGUCGUCAGAUCACCACAGUGCCAUAAGUUCUGUUUAUGUUAUUUUAGACGAUUUUGGAUCUUGGUUUACACGCAAAGAAUUUGAAGCAGAAAUUAAGCCCGUCGUUUUAAGACGAUUGUAUGAUGGGCCUGAUCUCCCAGCGACGAACCAAAGUUAUCAAAAGCACAAUAACAAAUAUAUAACUUUUUCUGCAAAUGCUCAAGCCUUGGACCUUUCCGCUUUGUUUGAUCGUGAAGAUACAGAAGGACUUCUUGAGAGAACCCUGUUUUUAUGCGCACCUGACUGGUAUCCGUCCACUGAAAAGAGUGAAGAAGCGACACAUAACUCACCGUCUAUACAGUCUGUCCUAUCGUCCGUCCGUAACCUUCACCAGGUUCAAAACAUCACCUACACGUUCAGUCCAGACGGACAAACAGAAUUACAGAAGUGUUUUGAUGAUCUUCACAACAUUAAAGGCAGGUUUGCAGAUCACGAAAAAUGCCGAGGAUCGGUUAACUUCGCUUCCGGUCACGUGGUUAGAUUAUGUGCCGUACUAACAGCACUGAAGAAUGGCCUAGCAAUGGUUAAUCGCGGAUCAUUCCUACCUCCUAGGAUAAUUGACCAAGAUACGGUUCGGAAUGCCUACUCCCUUGUUCGUGUUAUCAUUCAACAAAAGAUUGCGUUGCUACUCGGUCCGCCGAAAGAAGAGCAUGAUAGCAAUAGAUCGAUUCAUUCCCGUCAAUCAGAGCUGACAGCUAUGGCAGACGAAGAGUUUGAAUCCACAGAUUCCAAGAAUUUCAAAGUGACAACAUCAUGUAUAGAAAACGAGGGAAUGGACACUAAAGAUGUUAUAGAAAUAGAGGACAAGGAAGAGGACUACGACAACGACGAUUAUAUUCCACGAACAGCAACUGUGAGCAAGAUCGAUCUGUCAAACGUGCCGUCCAGCUCAUUAGACUUUCAGAUCUCCGACAUUAGGUCUGAACCUUACGUCCCAUCAAGUAACGACAUUAUGAUACUUCGUGACGGUUAUACAACAUCUUAUGCAGCCCCGAGACCACACAACCUGACCACGCCCUCUGGCGGACCAGUGUUUCCCGAUCAGCAAAUGGACGUAGGACAAAUAAGUAAUUUGAUUUCGGGGAACUCCUCACUUGCCACGGCCACUAGUGCAUAUUCUCAACAGAACUUCGAUAAUCAAACUCCUGUCCCAGUAUCCAUUCCGAAUUUGAAUCUUUUGGCACGUGACCAGAAACCAUCAAAUGUCGGAGCUUCAAGCUCAGGACAAAAUCCUCAAACGAACUUUAGACCAAUACCCAGACAGAUAUUCGCCAACAAAGCCAAACUGAACAACAAGUACUCCAGUAAUCUUUACAAAAUGCCAGAUAGUGAAUUCCUAUUCAAAUGUUGUCAAAAGAUUCGGAAACUCAUGACUUCGAAAGGACGAAUUGUAACAGCGUCACACGCCUGCCAGUACCGCCUAUUUCCACCCGUGCCACUGGAACAGCGCAUGUCUUCACCAAGGACAACACAUCCAGCCUGGGCAGCUACAAAGUUCUUUGAAAAACUCGAAUCGUUAGGGCUUGGCUGUUUGUUGGUGUUUAGAGGACAGUCUAUCAAAUUUCAGAAGAACAAACUGGAAGAUAUGACAGACGAGGCCCGUCAAAUUCUUGUCAAGAUUCGACUCUCUGAACAAGAUUAUGUCGACUCAUUCACGACCACGGGUCGGCAGCCUGCCUUUUCCUUUGAUCCUCACAUCCAAGGGGACCCUGCCAAAGAUGUAUAA